AUGAAUCUGUUGCUAGCUGGUUUGCCCGGCAUUCAGACCAUCGCUGAGGACCGGGCCCUGAAAGAGGAUUUUGGAGACCCCGACCCCUGCCUGGAGCCCAUUGGCAAACUCAGGGCAGCCUCGCGCGCCCCAACCCGGCACCCGCUGGGGGCCACCCGCCUCGGUGGACGGGAACUGCCGAGCGCCGGCCGCGCGGGCCGCCGGGCGGAGACGCCCCGAGAGCGGCCGAAGGCGGCGCUGCAAUUCCUGAUGACCAACAAACUGGACACAGCAAUGUGGCUUUCGCGCUUGUUCACAGUUUACUGCUCCGCUUUGUUUGUCCUGCCUCUUCUCGGGUUGCAUGAAGCAGCAAGCUUUUACCAGCGUGCCUUGUUGGCAAAUGCUCUUACCAGCGCUCUGAGGCUGCACCAGAGGCUGCCACACUUCCAGUUAAGCAGAGCAUUCCUGGCCCAGGCUCUAUUAGAAGACAGCUGCCACUACCUGCUGUAUUCGCUCAUCUUUGUCAAUUCCUAUCCCGUUACAAUGAGUAUUUUCCCAGUCUUGUUGUUCUCUUUGCUUCAUGCUGCCACGUAUACGAAAAAGGUCCUUGAUGCAAAGGGUUCAAAUAGUUUACCUCUGCUGAGAUCUGUCUUGGAUAAAUUAAGUGCUAAUCAACAAAAUAUUCUGAAAUUCAUUGCUUGUAAUGAAAUAUUCUUGAUGCCUGCUACAGUUUUUAUGCUUUUUAGGUAAGAAAAAAAUACAUUUGUUUUGGAAGGCUGAUGACUAAGUAAACAUAAUAAAGAUAUGAAUUCGAGUUUUGUUCUGCUUAAAUCUGUUGAAGUAGGGUAGGUAGGUAGCAUGUAGAGCCAGAUGGAUCUUAGCUAUCACCUUAACUAACCCUUGCCAUUUUGUAGUAGAGAAACUAAAACAAAGUUAACCUAGGAAUUUGUCUUAUUUUAUCAUUCCUUGUGAUUUAUUAUUUGAAAGGUAGUAAUUUUGAAAAUUACUACCUUUGAAAGAAUCUUAGGAACUAGAAUCUUAGGAACUCUACUGUGCCAUUGUUGAGAUGAUUUUUCUUAUACUAGAGAAAAAUCUUAAAAAUUAUGGUCUUGUGUUAAUAGUUGCCUGGCAUUGCCUCCUUA